GCAGCCCAAGUCCAAUAUGUUUGGGCCCAUAAUGAAAGUAAGCCCAUAAACAAGAGUGUAUUCAUUUAUAAACCCUAGAAAUUUCCCACUUCCCGAUUUGCACAGCCAAACCCCCCCAAUUUUGGCCUCUCGAUUUAGUUUUUUGAAACCCUAAGCUCGAUUUCGAUCCUCCGGCAUACUCGGUUUCGCCGCCGAAUCUCUGCUUGUAGCGAGUGUUACUAUUCAAUCGGCGAGAAUGUCGAUGUCGAAGAGUUCAAAGAUGCUUCAGUUCAUCAACUACAGGAUGCGAGUGACGAUCCAAGACGGAAGACAGCUCGUUGGGAAGUUCAUGGCGUUUGACCGUCACAUGAACCUCGUUCUCGGCGAUUGCGAGGAGUUUCGUAAGCUUCCACCAGCUAAAGGGAAGAAGAUCAACGAAGAGCGUGAAGAUCGCCGUACGCUAGGUUUAGUGUUGCUUAGAGGUGAAGAAGUUAUCUCAAUGACUGUCGAAGGACCACCUCCUCCUGAAGAAUCUCGUGCUAAAGCUGGCUCUGCAGCUGCUGUUGCUGGUCCAGGAAUUGGCCGUGCCGCUGGGCGUGGAGUUCCUACUGGUCCGUUAGUUCAAGCUCAGCCUGGUUUAUCUGGUCCUGUUCGUGGUGUUGGUGGACCUGCUCCGGGAAUGAUGCAGCCUCAGAUCUCUCGUCCACCACAGCUUUCAGCUCCUCCGAUUAUUCGACCUCCGGGACAGAUGUUGCCACCGCCUCCUUUUGGUGGUCAAGGUCCUCCUAUGGGAAGAGGUCCUCCACCGCCUUAUGGUAUGAGGCCACCGCCACAGCAGUUUUCUGGACCACCACCGCCUCAGUAUGGGCAAAGGCCAAUGAUUCCUCCUCCUGGUGGUAUGAUGAGAGGACCUCCUCCUCCACCUCAUGGAAUGCAAGGACCUCCUCCGCCUCGCCCUGGAAUGCCUCCUGCUCCUGGUGGUUUUGCUCCACCGCGUCCUGGCAUGCCACCACAUAAUCAGCAGCAGUGAUUAGGUUAGCAGUGAAUGAACAGGACUCUUGUCUCGGCUUUUUACUGUUUUUGUCGCUGUUUUCUUGAGAUUAUGAAGGCUUUAAGAUGUUUGAUUGAACUUCCUCAGGUUUACGGUAUCGUGCUAUCAUGUUGCCUUUCAUUGACUUUAGCCGCAAUUUCUCAUCUAUCUUAGCUUUCAAAGUUUGUAGAUUUGUUGACGAGUGAGUUGUCUUUGCCUUAUCUUCUUGUGUUUUCUUUUAAGAACGAAUCCAUUAAACUUUGUUAUGUCUUCUUAAGGUAAACAUCUAUCUUGAGGAUCGUUUUACAUUGCUAACUCUUUUGAGGUUGAAACAGCAACUUUCUUGCGCCAUUUCGAGGAACUUAAUAACAUCUUAGAAAGCUAGAAACUAAGCUAGUGAUCACAUCUGAAUCUUACUCGAACAAGGGCUAAAUCGGUUCUACUAUUGAUCACCUCUCUUGUCCUUGUUUAUGGAUUGUUUAGGUAGAAGUCAAAACCUUGUUUAGGGAGCUAUGGAUGUUGUGAUGAAUCGUGGAUACAUUCAGCUAUUUGUGAUGAAGAACUCGUCGAUCUAUAAAAAGAUUAACAAGUCACAUUACCUUGCAAUUUUGGAUAUAGUUCAAAUCUAACCAAAAUUCUGUUGGUUCAGUUUGGUUGGGUUUCACAUUCUUACAUAUGUUAAUUUUGAUGAAAUGAAAUUGUGAAUUAGUGUGGUUAGUUGAAUGGUAAGUAAUACUUGUUUAUAGUGAAUUAUUUUUCAGAACUUUCAAUUAUUCAAUAAGGCUUGGUCACUAACCAAGAUUUGAC